CUGAUACGAAGAACGUCAGUUUUUGUGUUUUCCAACAAAACAUUCCUUUGCAGUUCGUUAGUUAGAACCGAAAAACUAAAAUCGCAGAAAUUUACAAUUUUGUAGUUGAAGUUUUGCAAAUGUUUCAGUAAAUUCGAACUCAUAAGUAGCGCGAUAAAAUGUCCGAAGUGAAGGCGAAGAAAAUUCUCACCGAUUUAGUGAAAAAAUCAGGAUGCACUUAUUCCGUGGACAACGUUUUGACCAUGUUCCGAAACAAGGACGCCAAAUACAGUAACAAACGCUUGGGGGCACUUCUCACGCAGCUGUUCAAAACCAUUCCGAAUGGGGCCAAAUACGUGGACGAGUUUGUGUCCUCCAAUCCGAAGGAUUCGUACGCCGCCUUGAUACUGUUGUUGAACAACUUCCUGCAGGACUGUAAGAACAUGCAGGCGGAAAAGUCAACGGUGGCAGCCCAAGUACAGCCCCCGGUUAUAGAUUCCGUUUCGAAACGGGCGGCUAUUUUCGAGAGUCCACCUCUGUCGUCCACCCGGAUCGUGACGGAGCAGCAGAUCACUCCGGAGAACGUUCAGGAAAUCAAGGAGAAGAUCGUUAAGGCCACAUCCGGAUCGAUGGUGAACCGUUCGUCCGGAGUGAUACCGGCUGUGUUGGUUCCGCAGACGUUCGAGUACAUGGCCAAAAAGGGAACGAUUCUUUCGUGGAAUUUCAACUACGAAGAGCUGUACCCGAUGCAGAACAAGAAUGUGGCCGCAAUUCCGCUGAGUUCGCAGGAACCGAUCGUCAUGAAGGAACUGCUGGACUGUUUGGUGGGCGUCAAGGGGUCGCUUAUCGGGCCGAAGAAAACCGUCCGGGCGACGGUGGGUCUGUUCCCGGUGGAGUUUGAAGUGUCGGAUCAGAUCGAGGAGUCACUGAGGGACAUUGUGCGGGAGAUUCUUCCAUUGGCGUCGCACUAUUCACAGGUACAAGACUUUAUCGCGGCAUCGAGCUCUCUAGAAAGUGGACAGGUCUUGCAAGCGUUGCGAGCCGCCCUUCAAGCCAUCAUCAAAGACUACUAUCUCUCUAUAACGCAGUUGGAAGAUCUGUUCCUGAAGCAGCAGCUCACGUUUCACAAGCUGUUGUAUUUCCUGCGGCCAGUUUUCCACACGAUGGAAGUGCUGGCCGAGACGGUGACCGCCAUUCGUCAAACCAAUUGCCGCGGCGGAACGGUUCUUACGCUUUUGUAUGAUAAAAUCAUUGCCACCACAGGGGACGAAAAGAGUCGGAAGGUGUUGAUCCAUCUGAUCGAAAUGGCUGCCGUGCCGUACAUGGAAAUGCUUCAGCUGUGGAUCUUCAACGGGGUGAUUCAUGACACGCGGAAAGAGUUCUUGGUGGAGCACCACGCGAUGGAUCUGAACGAGAAUGAUAUGAUGGACUAUUGGGAGAAGCAGUACAUCAUUCGGACGGAUAAGGUUCCUUGCUUCCUCAAUGAAUAUGCUGACAUCAUUCUUCGCACCGGAAAGUAUCUCAACGUGAUCCGGGAAUGUGGAAGCUCUGUGGACUAUCAGCAGAAUGUUUGCGUCUCUUUGAAGUAUACUCACUCCGAUCAUCAAACGUACAUCAAAGCUAUAGAGGAUGCUUACAAUUACGCUUCUUCAUCGUUGUUGAAUCUCAUUAUGGACAAGUAUAACCUGAUGGGGCGCCUGUUCUCAGUCAAGCGCUAUUUUCUGUUGCAGCAGGGAGAUUUUAUAGACCAGUUCAUGGAUAUUUGCGAGGAAGAUCUCAAUAAAGACGUUGAUGAACUCCGCCCCAUGCGACUAGAGAAUCUCCUCGAGGUUACUCUGAACAUGUCCUCAGCACGAUACGACGAAUAUAACGAUGAUCUCAAAACCAUGCUUCUGCCGUACGGAAUUGUGACGCAAAUUUCCAAAAUCGUCAAAAAAGAAGACGUCUUCCUGGACACCCUGGGCGAUACAUCCCAACUUAAAGGAAUCGAAUGCUUUACCUUCAAUUACAACGCCCAAUGGCCCGUAUCGAUCGUGCUGAACCGAUGGACCAUCUCCAAGUAUCAGAUGAUCUUCCGCCAGCUGUUCUACUUGAAAUACGUCGAACGGAUACUGUGUCGGGUUUGGAUCGCCAACAAUCGCACCAAGCAGUUCGCACCGCAAACGGCCAAAUUGUACCGAUCGGCGUUCACCCUGCGGCAGAAGAUGCUCAUUGCCAUCCAGAGCUUUGAGUCGUACAUGAUGAUAGAGGUGAUCGAACCCAAUUGGCAUCAUUUCUACCAGAACAUCAAACAGAUCAAAAACGUGGACGAUGUGCUGAAAUACCAUCAAGAUUUCCUGGAUCAGUGCAUCGAGAACUGCAUGCUGACCGAUCAGGACCUGCUGAAAUCGAUCAUAAACCUGUGCAACAUCUGCAUCCAGUUUUGCACCUUCCUGGCGGAGGCACAGCGACACUUCGUUGACGCCGAGCUCUGCUCGAUGCUGGCCUCCACCGACGAUUUUUCGCUGUCCUCCGAGUCGGACUAUGACUUUGCAUGCCAGCAGGACGCCACAUCGAUGGAACCGACCGAAACAUUCUCCGAACGCGUUGAGCGCUUCCACUCGGAUUUCACAAACCAGCUGAUGUCGCUGUUGCGGAAGAUCACCGACAUUGCAACUCAAAACCCUUCCCAAAAAUUCAUCAAUCUCAUUCACAGAAUUAACUUCAAUUCCUACUACAGUGAUAACUUCGACAGCUAGGAAGCCCACUGCGCCGAAACGGCUGGUAAGAAAGCUCGUAAAAGCUAAUUCUCAUGGACUCGUGUUGCCAAACUGGUCGUAUCAGAGCCCGAGAGGGCACAUAUUUUUACGUUCCUUCAGAACAUUUUAUCUAAUCCACAGAGUAAUUCGAAACGCUUAUUGCCAACGCUAGACAAUUAGUACGUACCUUGGAAGAGAUCGAAAGUGUAUUUUAGAUAAAUCUCAUUGUAAGAAAGGAUAUUUCGGCCCCAGUUUCUCGAACCAAGAAUAAUGCAAUGUCUCCAAUUACAAA